UCGUACGGGAUGGAUUCCGUUUCUACAUGAUGGGUGCUGCUUUCCUUGUUGCCAGACGGUUCCUCACUUCGCUAUAAAGAUAGGGGGAAGACUUUCUGUGCCCGAUUUUCGGCUCCGAUAUUCAGUGUUCAUUGUUCAUUACCUCGUCGAGCCGCUGCGGAGGACGAAGCGUGUGAGGAAUAUUGUGGACUCAAGGCGGCGGUUCUGGAGCCGACAAGUUUUCGAAUCAGGUCGAUCCUCGUCUCGGAUCAAGACUUCGAAAUCGGACACUUCCGAAACUUUUCAUCCCGUCUCAACUUCCGUACAGACCCCAAUACCGAUUUUUCUGCCAGUACAGACAUCGACACACCGCUGCAACGUCUGAGCGGCAUGGAAUCUUUCACCGCAGACGCGACCGUCUCGAUGGAUACACAAAAGCGUCGCAAACAGUUCUGUUUAGAAGAGAAACUAUCCAUUCUAGAAGAGGUGAACUCGGGCAAGAAAAAAGUUGAUGUCGCUAAAAAAUAUGGAAUCAGCAAGUCGACCUUGUCGACGAUCCUCAAAGACAGCAAGAAGCUGGAAGAGCAGGCGAAAACAGCGGGCUUCGACCCUAAACGUAGGAGGAUGAGAACCGCCCAGUACGACGACAUCGACAAAGCGACCCUCAUGUGGCUACAAGACGUUCGGUCGAAAAACAUUCCCGUCACGGGACCCUUGCUCCGGGAACGAGCGCUGCAUUACGCCGGUGAGCUCGGCCAUGACGAUUUCCGAGCGAGCGAGGGCUGGCUCGCCAGGUUUCGCAACCGUUAUGGGGUUCGGACCCGGGCUCCUAGUGACGAGGUCGCUCCUGUCUCGAAGGCCCAAGAGUGGACGGAAGCCACCAUGAAGAGCAUCAUCGCCGGAGAGAUCACCCCUCAGGAUGUGUACAAAGCCGCCGAGGCAGCCUUGGUCUAUCAAUUGUUAUCAAAGGAAUCGUCGACAGCGAACGAUGAUCCCUGUAAGAAAGAAAAGAGCCAGGGAUUCACUUGAUUCCGCCUCAGCGGAGUGAACAAAGUUUGUGAUAAUGCAGACGAGAGGCAUCCCCCUUCCUCGAACGACUCUUUUGGAACACACCGUCUGCAGCGAGUCUUCGUCAGCCGCUCCGCAUCCGAGCUCGAUCGAAGGGAGCAUAUCGUUCCAGGGGUUCGGGGAACAUUCCAGAAGAGAGGUCUUCCCGGGAAAAACAUAGAAGCUUCGUCAUGAGUCCAGUGGACGAUCGACCUACGGAGGAGAAGACU